AUGGCGAAGCAGAAGAAAUCCCUCAAGGGAUCGGUCGCCAUCCUCGCUAUGAACUUCCUCCGUUUCCUCAACAUGGUGAUCAUCGUGGGCGGUGCCGCCACCAUCGUUAUGGUCUUCCUCAUCCAAUCGCCGCCCACAUUCCCCGCCGGCUGGGGAUUCUUCUUCCUCAGCACUCUCAUCAUCCUCUCGGGUCUCUUCGGCACGAUUGCGUCGGGCCAGGUCGGGUGCUUCGAGUGCCAUCUGUUCUGCCUGUUUAUAAGCGCCGCGGGGCUGUGCGCGUCGACGCUGAUGAUCUUCCUCCGUUUCAAGGACGUCGUACUCUCGAUGAAACCGAACGCGGAUCCGUACCAGAUGUACGAUGCGGAGCAGUACGUACGCAUCCUCGGGGCCCUCUAUUUCUUCAUCUUCAUGACGCAGAUGGUUAUUCUCAUGCUCGGCUGCACUGUACACCACUUCGGCCUUAUAGAGCAUAACGAGGACCUCGAUGCGCUAAAAUCCGCGCGCGAGCUCGCGCGCUCCGAGGAGAUUCACCGGCGGCCGAAGAUCGACGGCUGGGUGCCCCACAAGCUGACUGAGAAAAUGAAGCACAAGUACCGGCAAUGGACGCACCGAAGCGCCGCGGACGAGGAGGAGGCGGCCAUGGAAUUCGAUAUGGAGUCGAGCGUUGGUAGCCAAAUUCCGUCCAGUCCGCCGCCGCCGUACCCUGGAGUCUCAGCGUCGCAAACGAAGGCCCAGCCUGUAGCAGCCAAGUCAUCACGGCACGGCACAGCACCUGCAGGAGGACGCACCUGCAUCAUGUCUAUCACGGCAACUUCGUCUCACCCACCCCACCACACUAACCGCUCGCCCUCGCCACCCUCUCUGCUCUCACUGCCAACGCGCACACAAAUCCCAACCUUGCGGCUCACUCUCCCCUCCCACUCUCACAACUCCCUCCCACCACCCAUUCGCUCCCACCACUGA